UUCUCAACAUACUCACAGUCAGUUGCUGCUUCCUACCAAUCCUAAUCAUCUUCCUUAUCCUUCAGAAGGAAAUUCUCCUGGUUGCUAAUUCAAGCUAGCUGUUCAAAAAUGAUGAGCAUUCGCCUGCCUCUGUCAGUUCUUGCCAAGAAACAAGCAGCUCCUGUCCCUAAGGGGCACUUUGCAGUUUACGUCGGUGAGAGCCGAAAGAGGUUUGUGAUUCCAACAUCCUACCUGAAGAAUCCUACCUUCCAAGCGUUGCUAAGAAGAGCAGAAGAGGAGUUUGGUUUUGAGCAUCACUGUGGCCUCACGAUUCCAUGCAAUGAAGAUGCCUUCCAAGCGCUCACAGCACAUAUGGCAUACGCAUAGAGGCAACCUUCCACAAUUUUGUCAACAUCGUUUUGAUUUUUUCUCCGUUUGUGUAUACAAGGGAUCAGAAUCCCACUGCUACCAAAUUACAGAUAGAAAUCAAUC